AUGUUGACGCGCACAAAAUGGACUAUGACAGCCAUUCAACUUUUGUCCAUUUUUAGCAUUGUUAGCGUUGCGGUCGCUAUUGAAUGUGAUCUUUACAUGGCCGAGUCGACGAUUCCGAAUGCUGGACUUGGUAUAUUCUCGGCUAUUGAACGCAAUCCGGGAGAUAAUGUGGGACACGGUGACAUUUGCAUCCCCAUUCUUGAUCUCAACAAUUACCAUAAGAAGGUUUGGAAUCCAUUCAAUGAUUACGUUUGGGCUGGAGAAGUUAUGGGAAUGAAACUGGAAAUCGAAUCCGCGGAUAAAGAGGCACUAUGUCCAGGUUUGGAUUGUGCAAUCAACUGCAACUUGGCUUUGAUCAAUGUUGCGAAAGCAAAUCCAAUAUACGACGACGGCCAUCUCCAUCGAUAUUUGCAUCCGGGAGCUGGUGCGAUUACACCCUACCACAAUGGCACAACGGUAGUGACGAGAACAAUCCCCGCAGGUGGAGAGCUAUUUAAAUUUUACGGCGACGCUUGGUUCAACACUCGACCAGUCUUUAAUUCGCUCCCCCUUUCUCACGACUAUCCGUGGGCACAGCACCUUCUGAAUAGUUUUUUUGCAAGAGUCCAACACAAGGACAAAGCAUUCAAAUCAUCAGCAUAUGACGAAUUAAUGGUUUCGAUCCGAUCUAUUUGGAAUUCUAGGACGCUAAACGCCUUGCCAACGACAUUCGACGAGGCAACCGUCGCCUUCGAACAUGAUAUUGGAAUGGUCUACCAGCCUAACGCUACGAGAUCUCUUCAGUGGCUAGAAAAACACGGAAAAUGCGUCGACCACGUCUCACCAGGGCAGUCUACCAUUGAAGGAGCUGGACACGGCGCCUUUGCCACAAGGGACCUUCCCAAGGGCACAGUCAUUACAGGCUCGCCUCUCCAUCACAUUCCAAUCAAGGAGAACUUUAUGCCGAUGUUCAGGGCCUUUCAUAACCAAGACGAUGUGGACGAAAAGCUGAAAAGUGAGGUCGCCGGGCAGCAAGUUCUGCUGAACUAUUGCUUAGGUCAUCCAGAGUCGACGUUGUUGCUAUGCCCAUAUGGAGCCGGUGUGGGCUACAUCAACCACAACCAAACACUGGCGAACGUGAAGGUAAUAUGGGCGAAAAACGGGCAGUUUUCUCAUGACGCUACUUGGCUGAAGAAGGGACCUGAUGAAAUGUUCACCACGCAAAGUGCUCGUUUGGCAUUGGACUAUGUGGCUACGCGCGAUAUUGCAUCGGGAGAAGAGUUGUUCCUGGACUAUGGCGAUGCGUGGGAAGAGGCCUGGAAUAGUCACAUUGAAAAGUGGAAGCAGGAUUCUUUGGCUGAGAACUACUUGGGAGCACGGAAUUGGAAUGAAGUGAUGGCGUCGUCGCCCAUUAGAACUUUCAAAGAAGUCUGGUAUGACCCUUAUCCGCAGAACGUUCACCUGCGGUGUCACGUUGAUAUCAUCGAGGACGAAUGGGAACCAUCUUCAAAACUUGAUUGGGAUGCUGGGGAGUAUGGGUUUGAGUGCGAGGUCACCGAGAGAAGGAUAGAGGCUGACGGUAACCAAAUUUACUCCGUCAGAGUUCUAACGGAAGAAAUUGAUCGUUGGGACACAGAGUUUGAAGGCCCGGAGUUGCUUGAUGUAGACAACGUCCCUCGUGAUGCAAUCCGUUUCUUUGAUGUACCUUUUUCCUCAGAUCUAUUCAUGGAAGGCACAUUUCGGCAUUUCAUUGGCUUGCCUGAUCACCUGGUGCCCAAUGAAUGGAAAAAUCUACCCAAGGAAGCUAAGAAUCGACAAAAUACGGAGCUCUGA